GCGCUCCCAAACGUGAUGAUUUUCCGACCGAGGAAGCAGACUCCGCAAUAUUGUGCCAGUCUGCUGAACACAGAACAGGAGUGUUUCUUUUCCCUUCCCUUCGACGGGACUGUAUACACCUCGGCAGAUGGUUUAUCACUCAAAAUGUUAGUGAUCCACAACAAGUCUUUAUUGGUGCUUCUGCUGAUAUGGGUAACCGUGCUAGUUACUGUCAAACAUAUCAUGGCAGAACAAUCUCCAAAGGAUGGAGUGCACUUUCAAGGUCACUGUAAGAGAACACAGGAUGGCAGGGAAUACUCAUCUAACUUGGAACUUCAUAAAACCAAUGGAAUUUUGGAGCCUUGCAUGUACUGGGAGGAUAUCUCUUCAGGAAAUAAAACUGCAAAUACAAGUCAGCAUGGCAACACUGAAACUAACUCUACAAGUCAGCAUGACAUCACUGAAGCAAACUCUACAAGUAAAGCUAGUCCCCUGCACCUCUGCAGAAAGCCAAGGGGCACUGACAUGAACUCUACAAGUAAUGCUAAUCUCCAGAACUUCUGCAGAAACCCAGGUGACUUUGACACUCCAUACUGCUUUAGUCUCAAUCCCAAUGCUACUGGGAAACAGCCUUGUCCUAUUCCAUUUUGUCCUGAGCUUUAUCAUUAUCGAACCAGUAGUAGAGGCCUAGAGUACCAAGGAACACGAGACUUUAGAGAGGAGAGAAAGUGUCUUGAUGUCUGUCAAGUUGAUGAUACAUUUGGUCUUUCUUGCCCAACACAGCUACAAGAUCGAAUUAUUUACAAAUCACGGAUUCCAUGUGAUAUUCCUAUGCAAAAGGAAAUCCCUGUAUUUGAGGAAAUAUACAGAAGGGGAACUGUUUUCAUUCCUAUCACCACUUGGUAUGUCCCUGCAUCACCUCAUAAUAUUAGUUAUUCUGGUUCAGGACAACUGAUGCUCUAUUUACCAGAGUCCUCUGAGUUUAGGAGCACCCUCAGUGUCGUAUUUCAGAUUCGUCUGGCAGAUCCAGGUGAUGUUGACUCUUUCCAUCUGGACAUCAAUUUUUUGCCCAGUGACACUUUUGAGGAUUAUUACAAUGUAAGUUUUUCAAGUAAUGGGGUUGAAAUUCAAAGGAUCCUAUAUCAGUCUAAAACUGUUGUUUCAGACGAGAAAAUAAAGGAAGAGUCAGAGGAAGACGAGGGAGAUUUAGAGGAACAGCAGGGAAAGUUAAAGAAAGGAAUCGCGAUUGGAAAGGACAUUAAGGAUAAGAUAAAGAAAAUGCAAGACACUGAAAAGCGCAAUGGGACUACUAAAAUAUUUAAGAAAACAGAAAGCUCAGGAAAAUAUGCAAAAUUACCAUUCAUGAAACUGCGUCACGACUGGCUGGUUUUCGAGAUAAGAUUCCUAGGAACAAGAAUUUCUCUGUAUUUUGAAGGAGAGAGUAAACCUAUCCUAGAGUUGAUGCUCCCAUUUGAAAGACUGGGUAUUAGUCAGUAUAAAUUUAAUGACAGGUAUGUGUUCCAAAGAUACAUGGCUCCAAGAUAUGUUAACUUUCAUUCUAUAAGAGGGACAAGCAUGGUGGCUAUAAAGAAGGUGAAUAAGAAUUUUUACACUUGCAUAGAAGGAAAGAUCAAAUACCCUUCUCCUGAUGAUCAUGUCCUCUUGCAUCCUCUGGCUGCUAUGCCCCUUCAGUACUCAAAGGACGAUAAUCCACUGGAUGAAAAAGUAAGAAAUAGAAGCCGAAAAAUCUGUCUUCGGUUAACCAAUACACCAGCCUCCAUCAUUUUCUUUUCUGCACCUAUUUUUAGUAGUUCAAAUAUUAACUCUAUUAAGAAGGUACUUACAUUGUUACUUGAAGUGCAAAGGGAGGCUAUAAUGGCUAAACAGUGCAUACUUAUCAGUGACAUUGAUUUUAGAAAUGCGGAAGUCAGUUGUCUUAGUAACUUGCAGUUUGUUUCAGAAAUUAAACUACAGAAGAUCAUACCAAUUGGAGCAGUGGUAAGCCUUUGCAUUGAGAAUUAUCUCAAGGAUGGUCAUAGUAUUGUCAAAAUUAACGGUUCAAUUGGGGAGUCCUCCAUUCUCAAUGAAACCAUACUGAAAGGUGCAUUUCUUCGUUAUUGGACUCUUUUGAAGAAACGCCCUGAUGAGCAGGUUACCAAAAUAUCGCAGCUUGGACCACUUGAAUUCAACACCUUUCACGACUUGUGCACCAAACAAAAAUAUACCAGCCCUUUGGUAGCUGCAUGUGUGGUCCAUAACUAUGACUUUAUGGAAGUAGAUAAGAAACACACACAGCACAUCGGUGGAAUAUCAUGGAGUAACACUGGGAAACCCUGCUUUCCAUGGCCAUAUUUUAGAAGCCAUUUGGUAAUGACAGCAACUGGAGAAAAUAUUCCAGAAGGAAACUCAUGUAUGUUUCUUCCAAAUAGCACAGAAAUGGAUACUGAAAGCACCUCCCAGAGGGUAGAUUUCUGGUGCUAUGUGAGUUUGAAUGGCAGCAAGGAACUGUGUGACAUUCCCAACUGUGGUGAAAUAUUUGCAGGUAUGAACUGCCUUGCAACUUACGAGGAAAAACUACAGAGUCCAUCAAGUGAGGAUGUUUGCAGUGAAAUUGUGGAUCCUCACUUUGUUUUAGACUUGAGUAUUCCCUUCAUAAGAACAGUUGGAACUAGAACCCAGAUUUUCAAUGCUGAUAGAGGCAUAGUGGUAUACUUGAGGAGUAUUUCAGCAUCCAUGGAAGCACCAGUUUGCAUUUAUCUCUAUAGUGACACUGACGACUUUCCUCUGGCUGAAUUCAGGAUUACUAAAUCCAGUCUUUCCAUGGGAUACUUGUGGCUUGCUUGGAAUGACAUCAAAGUUUCAACUGACAGACUUUCAUAUUAUCUCAAUUCUUGGUCAUACAAUGCAUACACUAUAUCACAAACUCCUGCUGGUUGGAACUUGUUCCAUGGAGAUGAAUUCCAGCCUUCGAUUACGUUUAACACAUCUCUUCAGUUAACUGAAAUCCAACUGAGUGGCUGUUUCAGAAGAGAACGAGUACAACACACUGGGGAAUUUGUGGUAGUACACAUUGAGCCAGUUUUGUAUACCAGUGAAAUGCAAGAGAUUCUGGGUUUACAUUAUUUUCCAGGUGUAGACCUCAGACAACACUUGAGUAGGUAUUAUCUCAUUGAAAAGAAAACCAGUCCACAUAUUUAUGUAAAAUUAUCCCUGAUGCUUUUGCAAACGAAGGAAGCUGUCUCCUUCUGGAUUUUUCUGUUCAAGGAACUCCCCACCCCCAGCACUGCACCUUUAGCUCGAAUACAUAUAACUGAAAAUUCGAUGACUGUCUAUUAUGGAGGUUUGACAAGCCGUAAACACAAAAAAAACACAGCUCCAAAAUUUAAGUCCUUCACAGAGUUUUUCAAGUUAGAAGUAAAAGUGAGGCUUUUACACCGUUCAUACAGACUCUUUGCUACAUAUAAGAAAAUAGAAAUACAAAUGUCUGUAACUGAUCUGCCUUCAUUUUAUAGUAUGCAAGUUUCUAAAGGUGGAAUGAAAAUAGUACAGCUAAAAACCUGGUAAUUCUUUUCAUAAGUAUAGAAACAUCUAACUUUAAUAGUGCUCAUCAAUUACUAUUACUUCCAGCUAACAGAAGAAUUAUUCUUAUUAGAUACAGUUUAUAGUAUAGUACAGUUAUUACACUGCAAUAUGAGCCACCUUCUAACUUAUUGUCUUUCAUUUGCUGUAUAAGCAACUCACAAAACAACUUGCUUCCGCCAGUGCAGUACUGUUUACAAUCAUGCUUGUCAUUUUCAUUUACAUAUUUGAUACAAUCAAGAUGUCUAGUUAACAUUCACUCAGGUAUUCAUAUUCCUUGUUCUCAUUCACUGGGGUUAACUAAACAAGGCGCCUUUUUUAUGCAGUACUACCCUAGCCUAUACUGGCCAACUAACCUGUUUGAAUAAUGCAUGCACGGGUAAUAUAUUUGUUUCUGACUUGCUGUGAAAAUGAUGAAGCAUGUUCAUCCUGGUUCAUAAAUUGAGCCUUAGGCAAACCUUUUAUUAAAACAGAACCUUAUUUUAACAAAAAGUGAUAAGAUAGUAAAAUACUUUAGAUCCUCAAAGAUGCAAAUAGAGUGUUCUUGGUCUGAGAUGACAUAGGACCAGUAUGAGAGAUACCCGAUUACCUGCACUAUAAGUGAUAAAUUUAUAUAGUUUGUACUUUAGGGGAGAGUAUUAUAAACUGGAAUUAGUAUAUUAUACUGUUACAAUGAUUGGCUGUUCUUCACCGGGCAGUUAGUUUCCCCACUGAGAAGGGAUACAUAUACUGUUAGGAUAUACGUAUUGUUAUACAUUUAAUUUAGGAUGGGCUGAUCACAAUUUUCAAUGUACAGUAUAUUCACCUGUGACUUUAAUUUUGAUAUUUUAAGUGUGUCUGUUUUUGAAGACUAGCCCUUAAGUUUACAAUAUAGUAGUAGUCCAGUAGUUAUGUGUACAAUAAGGAAAGCAAGCAAAAUAUCAAAUUUAUAAAUUGUGUAAAGUUGUUGAAGUAAAAUGAGGUAAUAUGUAAAACCUAUGAAUAAGAAAGUAAAAUGUUAAAAGUAUAAAUAAUAACAAAAGGAAAUAACAGUGAAUGUAUUAAUAGGUUGAUGUUUUUAGUUAAUACUACUUACACAUUAUAGAACUUUAUUUCUUUCCUACAAAGGAUGUAUUCAUUAUGUUAUCUUCAUAUUUAGUGUCAGGACUGAUCUUUUUUCUGAGUAUAGGAGCAUGGCUACUCAGAUAAGGUAAGCACUUGAUUUUUUCAAUUUUUCUUUUGUUAAUCCUUCAAGGAGUAAGACACAGCGUUGUGGCUAUUUUAGUUUUUAGGAGCAACAGCAAAUAUAAUGGGCUGAUGGUUUCAAGUGGAGAUAUGUAAGGCUAUUCAUACAAAUUUCCUUAAUAUUAAUUUAUUCUAUAACUACUACCACUGCCAAACAAUGGGAUUUUGGUCCCUUUCUAACACAAGGUUACCAAUAAUCAGAGGCACAAAAAAAAAGACUAUAUACAUAUGAAAUACAAUGAUAUUCUAAUUUUAUUGGAAAAUAAGGAAUUUACAAGAAAAAUAUACCACUUUCACACCACUCAAGCACCCAUCAAUUUUCCACAGCUACUUAAACUACAAAAUCAAUAUGUAAACUUUGCCCUUUACAACAUUAGGAACUUUCAUCCAACAAAAAUAAACGUAUCAAUAGCAAAAAUAAAAAAUCCAAUAGUAGGUAUAUUUUGCCCUUUACGACAUUAGGGUCUUGUAUCCAAUAAAAAUAAGGAAUAUGCUUAUUAAUCGCAACACACAAUAUUGUCCCAAACCCAAGAAAUACAAUUUUAAAUAGAUAUUACUUUCCCAGAAUUUCAAUCCCACCAAGAGUCUACACACUGAACCCAGUACCUUGCCCUUUACUCCAGUGACUUUAGUACUUUCACAAUGAACAGGUUCAAGUAGUUCAAUGCAUUAUCCCACACAUUGGGACUAUAACUUUAAAACUAACUCCAUUGUAGGGAAAACAUGAACAUGCACACGAAGAGGGAGGAGAUUCACACCUAUAACAAAAAAGAAUAAAAUUAUACUUGACAAAAACUAUAACAAUUCAAAAAAAUUUACUUUUAAAAAUAAAUCAAUAGUAAUUAAAUCAAUAUCAAACUUUAAAAAAUAAAUACUAGAUUUUUUCCCAAACAAACUAUUGCCUUACUAAACCAAACCCACACUACCACAACUGAGGACAUCUUAGGAAACUAGUCAUAAUUCUGUCUUUUGUACUAGCAAGGAAAGGUGACUCAUUAGGAAAACAAAUGACCUUUACCCUAGAAGCAGUGAGAAUACCAAUUGAAAGUUUUUGAUUCUGACCAUUGUAAGAUUGAUGUCAUCUCUGAAAAUUGAAGCUGGAAACAAAAGUGCUACCCUGUUAAUUUGGCAAAAGACAAUGCAUUUGAAUAUAAUAAUUUCCUUUUACUUGUUCCACAUGUGACAAAUCUGGGAUAUUAGAGUUCAAAUAUGGAUAAUUUUUCCAAGUAGCUUGGUGCCCUCUGAUGUUUGUUUGUAAAUUACAGGACAUUUUAUUGUUCCAUUUGGCAUUUUAUGUAUUACUAGCUGACCAACCCGGUGCUGCCAGGGAAAACUCUGAAUGACAGUCGAUCAUUUACCUUAGAGAUGGAGUAACGUGGUAUGCUUUUGAUUAACAUCUAUAUUUAAAGUAAAGUAAUGAAUUCUAGACAAAUAUUAAUCACAGAAAAUCAAGCCUUUUCAAUAAUAGUACACAUACUUUACAUGACAAAAGAAUUCAAAAGAGAUGCAGGAAAAUUUUUUUAAGUGUGGCAGCAAUUCUAGUCGCUUUACUCGGCCUGACACUGAGCAAGUCGCACGUCGACCCACCACCGCUGCAAAGCCCCAUAUUGAAAGUAUAUGAACCUACAUUUCCAACACUCCACGCUUCACAUCAGUCCUAAAUGUUAUCCCAUGGCUUAGUCUUUGCCGGGACUCACGUAAAUAAAGUACCCUGGAGGAGGUCAUCACACUCAAAAUUUUGGAAUGACAUGGAUGACACAAAGUUUUUCUAUUUACUUUCUGGUAUCUUGAAUUUUGCUCUGUGCACUUAGCAAAUUCUAUAACAUGUCAUACACGGCAUGUGUGAUAUCUGAGAGCCUGUGUGCCAGAGAUACAUAUGCUGUGGCAGCGUCCAGCACUACUUCUUUAUCGAGAUGUAUCUGAGAAAUCCUGGAAGUGAGAAAGAUGCCGGGUGUGCUACAGGAAUGAGUGUUCAAGGAAGGUGACCUAACAUUGUUUCAAAGUAAGGAAGUGCUAUUUACUUAAAUUUACUAACUUCAGUGAAACUUGCCUGUGUCCAAAAUUGAUCAUAGUAAUUCUUGAUGAAGAAGAAUAAUUCAUAAUUAGAUUUCUGUGCUUAGUUCAUAUCACUCUGCAUUGUGUGAAGUACCGCAAGUGAUAAAUUGUUGCUAUUUUUUUUAUAUCACGUACAUGUGUUACCUUAUGUCACGAGGCCAACUUUGUUACUUGCUAGUUCGUGUUAGUUUUGUUGUUAGAUGUAAAGUGAAUGUGCAUAGCCAGGGCAUUAGUAGAGUUUAGAUUUUGUAAUAUAAUUGUAAAAAUCCAGCUAGUUUGAAUGCUCCAACACCUGAAUCUGAGGUCUGCAGUAGUGUCCUCAGAACUGCAAAUCCCAAGCCUUUAACAUCCAGGCUAACAACCAGAAAAACACACAGUCCGCUAAAUAUUGUCGAAAAAUCCUCGACAAGUAGCAACACAGGAAUAUAAAGUCCUAUGGACUGGAGGUAUGAGAAGACAAAUGGAUUUGGUAUUCAAGUAUUUCAAUUUCCCUUCUAGAGGUGAAAGACCUCUAAGUUCCACUGCUUGGCCUUUGACCUAAAUUCUAUGAAGUAUCCCAGUCCAUU